UACUCAUUGACUCGGUGAAAUUACCUCUAGAAGUUCCACCUUUUCUGAAUUUAAUCAAAGGAACGUGAGUUUGUACAACCUGAGAACAUCCUUAUUACACGAGAGAUUUAUCGAGAUUUAGAAGUAGUUUCCUGAUGUCUGAGAAGAAGAAUGAAGAAUCUGCAGAGAGAGGAAGUGAAUCUCCUCAGUGGUACAAAGAAAGAGCAGAGAGAAAUCGGCAGAAAGCUUUGCUCUUGAAAAAAUCUAAACUUGUCGUUCAUCCUUAUGCGAAGAACUCGGACGAUGUGACUGGAUCACAGGGAAGACAAUUAAAAGUUCAAGGGAAAAAAGUGGUGGACAGUGGAGGUGGAUUUUUAAUUGAAGAGGAUGAUGAAUUGGAAGAGCAAAUGCUGGAGUGGACAGAGGAUCCAUUCCCAAUCUUCGUCGAUUUGCCAACGUGCGAGGAAUGUCAAAAGCAAUUUCAAGAGUCCUACCUCCUGAAGACCUUCGACUACAAUGUCUGUGAUGCCUGCAGGGAUCGAGAGGAAAAACACACUCUCAUUACAAAAACUGAGGCUAAAGACACAUAUCUUCUGCGUGAUUAUGAUUUAGAUCAGAGAGAACCGCCACUCAAAUUUAUUCUCAAAGCCAAUCCACACAGAGCAGCUUACGGUCACAUGAAACUCUAUCUUCACCUGCAGAUUGAAAAACGAGCACUGGAAGUUUGGGGUUCUGAGGAAGCUCUCGUCGAGGAGAAAGAGAAGCGGGAGAUUAAGAGACAGGAGACGAAGAUUAAAAGAUUUAAUAAAAAAGUUAAACAGUUGAGGAUGGAGGUAAGGAGUUCUAUGUAUGAUAAAACUAAAAAAGCUACACAUGUCCAUGUUUUUGGCCCUGAUACGUACAACGAAGAGGAUGAUACUUACAGUCAUGCCUGCACUGAAUGUGAAUAUGAAGAAACCUUCGAGAAAAUGUAAAAAUCAUGUCUUGAUUCGUUGAAGAAUUUUACAGUAUUAUUUUUCAUCGAGUGAGGAGCAAGAGGAAAAAAUUAAUGCCUCAGAAUUUUUUUUUAUGUUCACAUCUAAUUCGG